CAAGACCAAGUAUUUGAGAGUAGCUUCAGCCUCAAGAAGAGUUCUGACCAACCCACAGUCAGACUGCAGUUCUGCCACAGGGCCUUAUAUUUUUUAGUUGCUCUUUGACAUUGGAGGGAACUACAGCUACUAGCCUUCAUGGAUGACCUCAAAGCUUUCUCCUUGGAUUCCUGUUUAGAUGGUUAUGGGCCUUUGGUGCAAAUGCCCCACCAGACUUGCUUGCAACCACCUAUGGCACCAACUGGAUUUUCUAUGACCCAUUGCCUUCCUCAAAACCCUAUUAGGACUUGUUGCCCUGGGACAUACACCAAUUCCGGUGAUCUACCAAGCUACCAAGAUAACAUCAGGAACACAGACUGGUAUGGGGGAAAUCAGGACAUGCACUACCCACCAUUUUCCAGAAUUAUUACUCCAUCUGGAUUUAAUGUUUCAACUGCAGGAUGUUUGGGCUACCUUACUGAAGGACCAAAACAUUCCCUGUAUCUGCAGCACACAUCCAAGAGAAAGCGCAGAGUCCUGUUCUCUCAAGCACAAGUGUAUGAGCUGGAGAAAAGAUUUGAACACCAAAAAUACCUCACAGCUCCAGAAAGAGAACAGCUGGCUAAACACAUUCACCUCACUCCCAACCAGGUCAAAAUCUGGUUUCAGAACCAUCGCUACAAGAUGAAGAGGCAAGCAAGGAACCAUGAUCCUUUGGCUGAAGAGGAGGCUAAGUCUUACAGUGUGGAGUCUAAUGGCAGCAAAGUAGCCUGUGGCAGCCCAUGCACCUCUGUUGAGGAUUAUGGACCUGCCGAAAUUAAGUUGGACUAUAAAGGGUCAGUCCAGGAACAGCAACUCAACACUCAAGGCAUACUUUUAGGACAGGACUUCCUUAAUUCAGCCUCAGAUCUUCAGGAUUUUGAGAAAGCCAGUCGAAAUUUAAUGUUCAAACCCUGGUGAUUCAGAUUUAAGAGCCUGAUACCUUUUUGUUACAUAUGUCUGAUUCUACAGUUUAGCCCUAAUACAAGUAUCCCCUGUUAAGACCAGGGCCAGACUUACAGAAAAGAGACUGGGACAAUGCAAGACAGAUGGAGUUAAAACCUAAGAAAACACUUCAAUCCACAGCCCAUUCAGCUAUUUCUAAGCUACAACACCCAAUAUACUCAACAACCUUCACCUUUCAUUUAGAGUUGUAAUUCAACAACAGUCAAAGAACAAUAUGCUAGUCAUCCCUUACAUAAAUAUUAAAAGAGGUAAUCCAUAAUUACACAUUGUAAUGAUAUUUAAAUUGUAUAUGUUUGACCAAAGGGUACCAGUGAGUCUUAGGUCCAAGGUCAACUGUCCUCAUUGCCUUACUUACAACUAUUCUGGUUAAAAUAAAUAAACAAAAUAACACAGAAACAAAAUGGCAUUGCUUUGACAAUACUCUAGGUGCUGUUAUGGUUGCCUUAGUUUGCUGGCUGGAGAAUGCACUUUAGCAGCAUACAAGAAACCCAUUUAAUUCAUAGUUCAGCUAUCCCAGUUUAGCUUUCUUUUAUGCUCCCACUAUAAAAUUCUAUCCUAAUGAACAGAUUGUAAUUUAUGUUUGUUCAAACAACUCAUAAACUGCCAUAAACAUAACAAUUAUGAUCUAGAAUAAAAUGACCUGAUAAGCAAGGUUGCAGGGUGCGAGAGUAAUUCUAGGUAACUAUAUAGUUCACUUCACUGUUUUAGGCAAAAUCCCCAUUCCUCCUCUCUGCAUAAAACAUGCUAUGCAGCAAUGCAUUUUAAAAAUACAUUUCUUUUGUUCUAUAUAUAUUGCAAACAAAACAAUGUAAUUUUACUAUUAAAAUCUAAUUUCUAUAAUCAUUAUAUUAAAUAAGCAACAUGUAUGUGAUUUAUAUAAAUGGGAACACGACUUUUUUUUAGCCCUAAAAGCACUUCAGAGGAGUUAUGUUUAAAACGAAAAUGUUUUUUUCUUGAUUUCACUACUUUUUGUAGUCUUAAAUUAUAAGUAGAUACUUAUACUGUAAUUUAGCUUUUUCCCUUACACUUUUCUAUCUUUUUAUGUGCCCUUUGUUUUUCUCUGAAGCAUUGUUUGUAUUUAAUUACUAAGUAAUAUACAUUAUAGGAUCAGCACAGUCCACACAAAUAAUUGCCUUAUAUUUAUUGUAACAAUGGCAAAAAAUACAUUCAUUUUUAUUGCCAACAUUAACAUUUUAAAAUAUUUUUUUCUUGCAACAAGAACACUAUUUAAAUGUAUUCUAUUUUGUUAUAAUAGUUUUACUGUUAUGUGAAUAUUAACCUACUUUUUUUGCAAUAAUAUUAUACUUUUAAAUACAAUUACAUCACUAAAAGUAAAAAUGAAUAUAUUUGUUUUCCAAAGACAGAUUUAUGAUUGUGAUCAGGAAAUUUCACAUUGCCUAUAAAGCUCCUGUUAAAAAAUAUAUUUAUUACUUUAUGGCUAUUUUUUCUGACUCUUUCAGUGCUGUGUAGUUAGUUAUUCAAAGGGACAAAGAAAUCACAUUUUUUAAACUGAAUAAAGUGUUUGAAUAUAAAUUCUAAAUGUAAUUU